CUCAUUUGAGUAGCUUUCGCCUGGUUGGCGGUUUAUUCGUACAUUUUGCUGCCGAGUUAGCUUGUCAGCUAAAGGUUUGUCUCUGAAAAUGGAUGAUUCUGUAAAACAAGUUUUACGACAAAUUAUCCGUAGAAUACCAUCGAAUAAACUACGGAAUACGCUGAGCAAAUGGGAGCACAUUUCAAAGAAGCAGUUCCAGUCACUAGAGUUUACGCAGGCGAAAUCGCUGCUUUGUGACAAUCUUCUUUCUCUAUGUGAGGAAAAUGAGUUAUCCAUGAAACACGUGACAGAACUGGAAAUGAUUUACCGUAUAGAGCACCCUGCGCAAGGAAGUUGGAACGUAUGCCAGCUUAUUGACCCCGAGGAAGAGGCCCUGACAGUCGACUCGCUGCAUUUCAAAGAGUCAUUCAAAGCACACUUGAAAUGUCUCAUCAAUCAUGUUUCUGUAAAAAUGAAGAAGCACGAAGAUGACGCCCUAUGGAUUCGCAUUGCUUGGGGGGACAAUUUCACCCAGCCAAACCACCUCAAACCAACAUAUGUUGUGCAUAAUCUUCAGACACCAUAUGUAUUUGUAUCUGGCUUGACUAUGAAGCACAGACCUUUGUUACACCAGGCCUUGGUCCAGUCUGGUCAUUAUGGUGCUGUAAAGGAUGUUCACCUCAGUGGGCGGUGCUUGACUGCUUUAAGAGAUCUCUUAAUGAGACAGUACAAGCAGGUUUUUCCUGUAAAACAUCCAAAGCUCUUAGAGGAGAAAACUCCACUACCACGAACUCCCUGUAUAGAGAUCGAGGACACAAAACAUGCUGAAAACCGAAUGCAGAUGGCUGCUGAGGCGUUCGGCGAGGGAAUUCUGCCAAAGCUGGAAACGGCUGUUUAUAAGCUGGAAACAAGGUUCAAAGAAAAUGAGAUGGGAAGAGAAGAGCCCUUUAGAGGUGUGGUGAAGUUUGCCAGCAGCAACCUACUGGAGUCGUUAAAGUACUGCGUCUCAUCCGGGAUGGCAUCUGCCCCAGUAACUCCACUGCUUUCAUCUAUCACCCAGAAAGGAAGGAAUUACUUUGUAAUCACAGACAAAGGACCUGGAAUCAGCAACACGCCAGGUCCAAAGAUCUGAUGUUCAGAGACUGCUCGGUUAAUAUGUUUUUACCAUAAGGAACCCUAACUUCUUUGGUUUUGUUUAUUGAUUUGACCAUUGUAUAGCUUCAUUUGUGAAUAAGUGAUUGUAUAUAUUACUCUAAUAUAAAAGUAAAUUUUUUUUUUUUUUUUGGCACAUUGCCAAUGUGUAGUUCAUCUCUAAAGAGAGGAUUAAGAAGGAGGAUUUUAGACCAUUCAACUUUCCCUACCGCACCAUGUACUUGAUACCAAGAUGCUUUCAGGUUUCGUUUAUAUACGUUUUUGUAUGGUUUUUGUGUUUUAGAGUCAUCAUUUCUGAUUUUAGCACCCUUUUCCCUCUAAAUAAAUUGCAGUACAACAGUA